AUGCACCGCCCGGCUACCGCGGCCCCGGGCAGUGGCCCGCCGCAGGAUGGAGAGCAGCCCGAGGAGUCUCCAGAGCCUCCGCCGCCGUGGCCGCCGCCACCGCCGGCUCCUCCGCCACCCCAUGCACCUUCGCCAGAACCUGCCGCAGAGUCCUGUCCAGAGCCUGCUCCAGGACCCUGCCCGGACACGACUCCCCAAUCUGCCACCCAGCUGGCCUCAGAGCUGGCCCCAGAACCUGACACCCAGCUGACCCCAGAGCUGGCCCCAGAACUUGCCACCCAGCUGGUCCCAGAGCUGGCCCCAGAAUCUGUCACCCAGCCGGCCCCAGACCCCGUCUCCAAGCCGGCAUCUGAACUGACCCCAGAACCUGCCAUAGAACCUGCCUGGGACCUGGCUUCAGAACAAAUCCUAAAGCCAAUCCCAGCACUGGCUCCAGAGCGGGUCCCAGAACCUGCCACGCAGGGGGCCCCAGAGUCGACCCCAGCACCUGCCGUGGAGUCAGCCCCAGAGUCCUGUCCGAAGCCGAGUCCAGCACCAACACCAGCACCAUGCUCGUUGCAGUGUCCGGUGGCUGUUCCAGAGAGAGGUCCAAGGACCUCGCCAUUACCAUCGCCCCGGACGCCAGUGUCAUGGUCCCGAAUAAAGAGAAUCCUGAAGGAAGGACCUUUGCUGAAGAAUUGUAGCUCCCUUAAGAGAUGGAAACUUCGAUAUUUUCUGAUUCAAGGACAAAAACUCUACUUUGCACACCAUCCAGCGUUUGCACACUUCGAAACAAUUGAUCUGUCUCAAGUAACCUUAGCAGAAAGCAGUUGUAGAAACCUUUGCCACAGUUUUUGUGUUAUCACACCAGAAAGAAACAUCACCCUAGCAGCGCCGAGCCGGAAAGACAUGGAAGAGUGGAUCAAUGUCAUAAAGACUGUCCAACAAGGAGAAAUUCGCAAGAUACCUGUAGCAGAAAACAACCCUUUCCUGGUUGGAAUGCACUAUUGGUAUUCCAGCCACAGUUCACGGACCCAGCAUUGCAAUAUUUGCCGAGAGAGCAUUCCUGCUUUGUCUCGAGAUGCCAUUAUCUGUGAAGUUUGCAAAGUGAAAUCUCACAGAUUAUGUGCUUUGAGAGCAAACAAAGACUGCAAGUGGAACACCUUGUCCGUCACCGACGACCUGCUCCUCCCCGCAGAUGAGGUGACCAUGCCUCAUCAGUGGGUAGAAGGAAACAUGCCCGUCAGCUCUGAAUGUGCAGUAUGCCGUCAGAGCUGUGGUAGCCACCAGAGACUUCAAGAUUUCCGCUGUCUCUGGUGUAACUAUACGGUGCAUGAAGGUUGUCGGAGACGGUUUUCCAAGGAAUGUUGCUGCGGAACUCAUCGCUCAUCCGUUGUUCCGCCCACCGCUCUCAGCGACCCCAAAGGCAAUGGUCAGUUAGUAGUAUCUCCAGACUACUGGAAUCUCGACUGGUCAUCUGCCUGUUCAUGCCCCCUUCUCAUCUUCAUUAACUCCAAAAGUGGUGAUCAUCAAGGGAUCGUUUUUCUCAGGAAAUUCAAGCAAUAUCUAAACCCGUCUCAAGUAUUUGACCUCUCAAAGGGUGGACCUGAAGCAGGGCUAUGCAUGUUCAAGAAUUUUGCUCGCUUUCGUGUUCUGGUUUGCGGCGGAGAUGGCAGCGUGAGCUGGGUCCUAUCCUUGAUUGAUGCCUUUGGAUUGCACGAAAGGUGUCAGCUGGCAGUCAUCCCACUUGGAACUGGUAAUGAUCUGGCACGUGUCCUCGGCUGGGGUGCAUUCUGGAACAGGAACAAGUCACCUUUGGAAAUUCUCAGCAGAGUGGAGCAGGCCAGUGUGAGGAUACUAGACAGAUGGAGUGUGAUGAUCCGCGAAACUCCCAGACAAAUUCCGUUGCCAAGAGGACAGGUGGAAAUGGACAUCCCACGAUUUGAGGCUGCUGCCGUCCAACACUUAGAAUCUGCAACUGCUGAGCUGAACAAAGUGCUGAAAGCCAAAUAUUCCACAGAAAUGAUCAUUGCAACCAGAUUCCUGUGCUCAGCAGUUGAAGAUUUUGUGACUGAUGUUGUAAAGGCCUGGAGUCACAUCAAGCAGAAUAACACAGCAAUAGAGUCUGUGAUUUUGAAAAGCGACCUAAUGUAUGAGAAGCUGAGUGUCCUGGUUGAUGUCCUGGCUGAGGAUGUAGCAGCUAUCUCUGCUAAGAAAGGAGCUGCAGUACAUGCAGAUGGUGGCAAAUCAGAUGGAAAGCCCUGUGUCUCCCAAAUGGACCAUAUAGGCAAUUCUAAGUUAGAGUUGGCCACAAGGGCCCAUAAACUCCAGAAAUCCUUGAAACUCAUCAUAUUCCAGGUUGAACAAGCUCUGGAUGAGGAAAGCAGACAAUCCUUAUCACUCAAGAAUGUUACUUCAACUUCAACUUUCUUCCUGGAAGAUGACAGAGAGAGUGUUAGCCAGACAAGCCCACAACACCGUUCUCGUCUUCGUGGUGCUUUGUCUUCUAUAUCUUCUCUCCAAAAUGAGGACUUAGACAACCUUAACUUGGAACACUUACAUUUUACACCGGAAACUAUACGCUUCAAAGAAAAAUGUGUCAUGAACAACUACUUUGGAAUUGGACUGGAUGCUAAAAUUUCUCUGGAAUUCAAUACCAGAAGAGAUGAACACCCAGGACAAUACAAUAGCCGCCUGAAGAACAAGAUAUGGUAUGGCCUUCUGGGGAGCAAGGAACUUCUAUACCGUUCUUACAGGAAUCUGGAAGAACGAGUGCACCUGGAGUGUGAUGGAAAAGUUAUCCCACUGCCGAACCUGCAAGGCAUCGUAGUACUCAACAUCACCAGCUAUGCCGGAGGGAUCAACUUCUGGGGAAGUGACACAGCAACCACGGAAUAUGAGGCUCCUGCAAUAGAUGAUGGGAAAUUGGAAGUAGUGGCAAUCUUUGGUUCUGUGCAGAUGGCAAUGUCCCGAAUCAUCAACCUGCAUCAUCAUCGCAUCGCCCAGUGCCAUGAGGUGAUGAUAACCAUUGAUGGUGAAGAAGGUAUCCCAGUGCAGGUGGAUGGGGAAGCCUGGAUUCAGAGACCAGGCAUAAUCAAGAUCAGAUACAAGAAUGCUGCCCAAAUGCUUACGAGAGAUCGGGACUUUGAAAAUUCAAUGAAAAUGUGGGAAUGCAAGCAUACUGAAAUUCAAGCUGCCCUGCAACCCCAGAUGGACUCAGAGGAAUCGCAAGAUAUCCUCUCUGAUGAGGAGCAUGCCCAGAUACAGCACUUGGCUCAGCUCGCAGAAAAUCUCAUCAGCAGACUUAAUAACCUGAUCAAAGUCCACCAGCAUGUGUCUGUGCUCAUGGAUUCUGUGAAUGCCAGUGCUAACAUCUUGAAAGAUGUAUGUCAUGGUCAAGACAGCAACGAUGAGGCAAAUGUGGCUUUAUGCACUCCCAUUGAGACUCUAAGCAGAAAUGAUGCAGUAGAUGUUACAUUUAGUCUUAAAGGGCUCUGUGAUGACACCAAAGCUUUCCUGGAUGAAAACUUGCUGAGAGAUGCUGAAGGUGAAGCCACACUGCAAACCGCCCUGGAUGCCAUGAAUGAACAAUUUGUAAAGCUUUCUGAGAUUGACUGGAUGGGUCCAAUUCUUGCUCCAGAGGACAAAACUUCAGAUACUGACAGUAGAAGUCUGAAGCUGAAAAUUAAGUUCCCAAAAUUUGGGAAGAAGAAGGUAGAAGAGGAUGACAAGCCUAAGUCAGGCCGAGGAAUCCAGGGAUUUUUUGGGAGUUUGUGGCAUCGUAGAAGUCGUCAAGAUCAGGCACCUGAUGAUGAUCCUCCAGCACCAUCAACCUCUCAAUUCUAGCCCUUGAAAACUGGAGGGAGAACUCACAUAAAAAUUCUACU